GUAUAGCUAUUGCUAUAGGUCUUUUAUCGUUCACGUUAUUGUAGUUCCUAUAUUCUGUGCUGUGGUGGCAGUAACUGAUCAUUAAUUUGAAAUUUUGUGAUUGGAUGUAAAUAAACACUUACACCUACAUUCAAAAUCAAUCCCGGAAUACAAAUAUUGAAUUGUACUCUUUUUUCAUCCAAAACUUUAAUUUGUAUCGAUUUUCUGAAAAAAAAACUUGGAAACUAACCUACCUUUCGACCACGUGUGAAAAAAGUUUUUGCUGCAUUCUCUAAGAGAAUUCAUAUCAAACAUGGCUGGCAAUUCUCAAAAUAAUAUGGAUAUUGACCUAGAAGAUGGAAUGAGUGCAAAACAAAUGAUAAAUAAAGGAAAUGGUUUGACAUACAACGACUUCAUAAUUCUACCUGGUUACAUUGAUUUUCCUGCCGAGGAAGUUAAUUUAUCUAGUCAAUUGACCAAAAAAAUAACUCUCAAGGCUCCACUCGUAUCGUCUCCAAUGGAUACUGUAACGGAAGCGGAUAUGGCAAUUGCAAUGGCUCUUUGCGGAGGUAUUGGAAUUAUUCACCAUAAUUGUUUGCCAAGUUAUCAAGCAAAUGAAGUGUUGAAAGUAAAAAAAUAUAAACAUGGUUUUAUACAUGAUCCUGUAGUUUUAUGUACCUCCAAUACUGUGUCCGAUGUACUUAAUGUAAAGAAAGAGCACGGAUUUUGUGGUAUUCCCAUAACAGAAAAUGGUAGAUUAGGAGGAAAGUUGGUCGGUAUUGUGACUUCGAGAGAUAUUGACUUUUUGGAUGAACCAAACUACGAAAAUAUAAGAUUAGAACAGAUAAUGACCAAGCUUGAGGAUUUAGUUACAGCUCAAUCAGGUGUGACACUUAGUGAAGCCAACCACAUUUUAGAAAAAAGCAAGAAAGGCAAACUACCUAUCGUCAAUACAAAUGGAAACCUCAUUGCUCUAAUGGCAAGAACUGACCUUAAAAAAGCUAAAAGUUAUCCGAUUGCUUCAAAAGAUGAAAAUAAACAACUGAUUGUUGGAGCAGCUUUGGGAACAAGGGAAGAAGACAAGGCCAGAUUAGCACUACUAGUUCAAGCAGGAGUAGAUGUGGUUAUUCUGGAUUCUUCCCAGGGAAAUUCAAUUUACCAAAUAGAAAUGAUAAAAUUCAUCAAGAGCACUUAUCCAAAUUUGCAGGUCAUUGCAGGAAAUG